AUGGGUUCUAACGGGUCACAUACUGAACCCCAAGUGCGAGAGGAGUGCACCAUGGUGGCGAAGCGAAAGGAAUUCGAACGGACAAAGGUGAUUCAGGAGGCCGUCUUUCUUACCUUCAAAGGGCUGGACACGCACGACGUGUACAAUUGCUGUGUUCCCUUUACGAUCAAUGGCACCUACCACAUCUUCGGACGCGUCGAGCGACGCAGCGAGUGGGUUAAUUCUCACGUCCGCCUCUUCUGCAAGACCGGACAUGACGAGUACACCCUUGUGGAGCACGCGAUGCAAUAUCAGCUGGAAGACCCGUUUCUUGUGAAGAUCAACGGCGAGGCGCUUUUCGGUGGCGUGCGUGUCACAAAGGACCACGGAAAGGUGUCCGGCUACGUCUGCGAUUUCUAUCGCGGCAAAAUAGAUGACCUACACUAUUUUACCUCGGGCCCGAAGAACAUGAAGGAUAUCCGUCUCAUCGGGCUGGCAGACGGGAAAAUUGGUGUUUUUUCCCACCACAAGACCAGCAACACAUGCGUCACCGGCUUUAUCAUUAUUGAUUCACUCGAUGAUCUUUGCUCGCAGGUAAUCGACUCUGCAAAACCGAUCGAUCACACGCUCUUUGGUGACGCGUGGGGUGGUGUGAACCAGCCGUACCUCCUAUCAACAGGUAAAAUUGGCUGCAUUUCUCACCAUGGCUAUCUUGAUACGGAUGCAAACGGCGAGGUUAUCAACGUGUACUGUAUCACGUCCUUCGUUUAUAAGCCGUCAACCAAUACGUGCUACGACUACAAGAUUCUUGGCACCAAAAACUGCUUUCCAGAGUACCCGGCGAAGGCUCCGAAACUGAUAGACUGCGUUUUCGUCUCUGGUAUCGUGAUGCGGGAGGACGGCAAGUGCGACCUGUACAGUGGUGUUGGCGACACCCAGGAGGGUCGAAUGAUGAUCAACUACCCAUUUGAGGGACAUGGCACCAUUGUCGACAAUGUCAACUUUUGA